AUGUGGAAAUUGUUGGCAUUUGGCGGCUUUAUCGUUGUCGUUUUGUCGCAAACCGUUCCCGACAUCGAUGAUGACAAUAUUCUUGAUGGAGACACUUUCAAGCAUUUCAAGAAUUUCCAGAACAAAUGCAAAGUCCAGUGCAGUGCUGGUGAGGCUGGAUGCAAGCAACGCAAGCAAAACUUUGGCAAAAACAUGAAGAAAAUGGCGGCUUGGAACAAGACUUGCACAACGGAUGACGAUUGCCAUCACACCCUUGGUUGGACGUGUUUCACGGGACACUCGAAAGAGGAGCUUCAAAUGGCCUCUGUCGGUAAUUUUGAUUGGAGAACAACUGGAGCAGUGAAUCCGAUUAAAGAUCAAGAACAGUGCGGAGAUUGUUGGUCGUUUGCAUCGGUGGCCGCCAUUGAGAUUACGUCAAACUAUGUGAAUGGACGAAUCAACGCGAGUCGACGACAAUACUCAGAGCAAUGGUUGACAGACUGCUCGACGACAAACGGAUGCGAUGGUGGAUGGCCAUCGAAUGCUCUCGCCUAUGUGCAAACGCACGGAAUCCCCCGCGGAGCCGCCGACACUUAUAAAGGAAUUGUGACCAGUUGCCCGAAAAGUAUUGCCCUUGAGAAGCCAGUCAGCGCACAAAGCGAUCUCACCGGAAACCCAGUGACGAUUCAACAAUUCGUCUUGAGCAAGGGACCCGUUACAGCUGCUUUCAUGGUUUGCGAGGAUUUCAUGUACUACACCUCGGGCAUUUACAGCACGGAUUGCACCGAGACGAAUCCCAACUAUUUGGGUGGACAUGCUGUGACAAUCAUUGGAUACGGAACCUCGGCCACCGGCGUUGACUACUGGCUGGUGCGCAAUCAAUGGGGAACCGGCUGGGGAAUCGGCGGAUAUUUCCAGAUUCGCCGUGGAAAGGACACCUCAUCGAUCGAAGCCUGGGGAGUCACUGGGCUCACGUGCCCCAAGAUCGCC